UGUCGGCGGAGAACCCGCUGAAGGCGAAGGCGGCUGGUGUUGGAGGCUGCUCGUCUGAGGGAGCGCGAGCGAUAUGAGAAGCUAGGCGGCUGAGGCGCCGAGGACAACAAGUUGUACAAGAUGGCCAUGUUUUGUUUUCUCUCAACAAAAUAUUGCUGGAGAUAUUAUGUCUCAAAGUCGCUGAAACUAAGGAGUCAUGCUGUAGAAGGCUGCAGAAUGGGGUCAUAAAAAGCUGAUUGGUUUGGGCCCACAUAAUCCAAAAAAGAAGCAAGAUCUGGAUAAACUCUAUGACCUCAAAGCUAAAGCUCAGCAGAUUAUGAACCAGUUUGGUCCAUCUACCUUGAUCAAUUUAUCAAACUUUUCUUCAAUCAAAGGAGAAGCAGGCAACACUCCUCCUCAUAGUUCCAUGGCAAACAAUACCUCUGUGGCAAAGAUGCCUGGGACCCCCAGCAGUGGGGGGCGCCUCAGUCCUGAAAGUAAUCAGAUAUUAACAAAGAAGAAACUGCAGGAUCUGGUUAGAGAAGUGGAUCCAAAUGAGCAGCUGGAUGAAGAUGUGGAGGAGAUGUUGCUGCAGAUUGCUGACGACUUCAUUGAAAGCGUGGUGACCGCUGCCUGCCAGCUCGCACGGCAUCGCAAGUCUAACACUUUGGAAGUAAAGGAUGUCCAGCUGCAUCUUGAACGCCAGUGGAAUAUGUGGAUCCCAGGUUUUGGCUCUGAAGAAAUCAGGCCAUAUAAAAAAGCCUGCACUACAGAAGCUCACAAACAGAGAAUGGCAUUGAUCCGCAAAACAACCAAAAAAUAACUCUGGGAAAAGACGAAGAAAUGAAAAGGAAAAAAAAUAAGAAAAAGACUCUUCUAUGAGAAAAAAAAGAAAAGUCUGCCUCUGAAGCUGUGGAGUACCCUUGAGGUCAUCUAUGGGAUUUUUUUUGUUUUUUGUUUUUGCAAUGCUUCACAGGGAAGCGUAUAUUUUCACAGUGCAGCAAUAAAGGGUUAUUAGAGAAGAUCUGCCAACCAUCAGUAGGUCUCUAUUCCCCCAAAGGAACUUAUCUCGGAGCAUAGACUUUUAUUUUCCUCCUCCUAAGUGAUAUUACGGUAUCCAUGAUUGUCCAAGGGAUAAAAUAUUUUGCUAUUUUUGAGAACAGUAUUAGAAGUGGCCAUAGAUGAUUUUUUUUUUCAUUUCCCCUCUGCCCCUCCUUACUUGUAACGUUGCUAUUUACGGUAUUUGGACUUCUUCCAGAAAACGAAUGAUGGAUCUCAAAAGCAGACCACAGUAUUGAAAGGAGCUUCGGUUGAAAGCAAAUUCCUUCUUUUCUUUUUUUUUUUUUUAAUUUAACCCUCAGGAUGGUGGUAGGGGAAAAAAGUUGAAUUCUUUUUGUACCACAAGUCCUGUAAAAAUGCAGUAGAAACAAGACUUGAACUACAAAAUUAAAAAAAAAAAAGUCAUGGUUAUAAACUGCCUUCCCAAGAUAGUCUCUGACAAAUGGCUGGGGAGUGGGACUGCUUGCCCUUCUUCGCAUCCAGAAGUUUGUGGUACAAUCUGUGGCUCGUUCGUUCUUCUUUUUUUUUUUUUACCCUCCUGUAAGAAUGAGUGAAAUACACCUUUUGAUCGAAUGCUGGCACUCUCUUCCCAGGAAGGUUCUGAAUUCUUAAAAAGCACACUUGACAUCCAGCAUUUUACUGGCUUGUAGAAGUAUUUGCUGUUUCAGAUAUUUGUGCAUUGUGAAAACGACUUCACUGCUUCUGGAGGGGAAGGUUCUUUCUGAAGCAGGUGUUUGCAGAAAGCGUGUCUCCUCCCCUCCCCUCCCCCACUUCACACUUGAUAAAAGCUGCAUGGGAGCAGCCGAGGGGAUGCUUGGCCAACAUUCUGAAUUGAGGAAACAGCCAUUGAUUUGGGUUCCACAUCCCUCAUUGUCUUUUGUUCUCUAUAAUGUAAGUUCUGACUGCAUUAGCUUUGCGUUGAGCCAUCCAGCAGGGACUUUUAAAGAAGAAUUUGUGUAAGUUUCCACUAGUUGAAAAUGUAACAAUAAAUGAAUACCCUAUG